AUGUCUUUGUGGUAUCUGAUGAACUGCGAUCCUCCGGUGAUUCCAAAUCUACAAAACAUAUCGCAAGAUAAUUCAUGCAAAGCUCCAUUCUGCAAUGCAAAGGUUUCUCUUAACAAAUGGAUAAUUUUCCAAAAGAGAGUAAUUGAAUGUAAUGUGGCAUAUCACAAUUGUGUAAACGUGGUACAUACAGACCGGCCAGAGUACGACAUAGAAUACACAAGCAAGAACUCUAUCUUUACAAGCCAAGAAACGAUCUGGAAAUGUGAGAAUGUCGAGACAGUGGGCAGUUUACUAAAGGGAUUUUUCAACUAUUUUGGACGUGAGCACAACUUUUCACAAUAUGCUCUUUCACUGAGAUUUGGUAGACUUAUUCCCAAAUGGGAGUGGAAGGACAGUCAUAUGGCAGUAGAAGAUCCAUUUAUUAUCGGCCGAAAUGUAGCUGGAACGUCCACAUUUCUAGGAACAAAUACUAUUCGUAAUGAAUUUAAAAGGGCUUAUGACCUUUUGAAUUCAAAUCACACUUUUGCUGACAUAACUGGCCCUGUUGAUCCAAACGAACGUAUAUUUGAUCCAGACACAAUCGAACAGCGUAUUAUACAAAGAAAUUUUCAACAGAUGAACCGUACGCGAAGAAAUAUAGGAAACUACGACUAUAUACACCGACAAUCAGAAAUUGUUUACAAUGAGCUACACAAUCCAAGGCGCCGGAGAAAACCAGCGACCAAUCUAAAUAUCACUAAAACUGGGUACUUUCCACAAAACGACAGAGAAGCCAAUAUACCGUCCAAGCUCACAUCUACCCAGAGUAGCAUGUACUAUCAAGAACCCACAUAUUCCAAGACAUCAAAGGAGGAUACAGAAAUUGACUUUGAAGCCAUUGCUUCAAUUGUAGAAGACCAUACCCCUAAGAAGACCGUUGUCUCACAAUAUACACCAAUCGAUGAUAAUAGCAAUACCAAGCAAAAGGCUGUAGAUGUACACAAUACGACAACCGGAGUAAAAAUUCCUCGGUCGAUAAUACAAAGCAGCUCCACAAAUUCUACAGAUUCAGAAGAAACAGCAUCUCGCUUGUAUGCAAAGACACCCCCAGAAAUCUCAAGAACCAUACAGCAAAUGUUUCCCAAGAUGCCACAAGAAAAAGAAGUCCAGGCAGGAAAAUACCAACCGAUAAGCAAUAGAUCGCCGUCCUCAACUUAUGCCGAGAUUACUUCGCCACAUGGUGCACCAGAAGCCUUGCAAAAUUUGCAAAGACCAGCAUUCCAGAAUAUUACGCCCUCGUUUUCUUCGGUUGUUGCUGACAACAUUAAAAGCCCCAGACCAAUAGGCAGUGGUAACCAACAAAAAGAAAUCAAACCGGCCAAACCUGCCAAACCUGCCCGAACUGUCAAACCUGUUGAGACUGCCAAUCCUGUCGAAUCUGUCAAAUAUACUAAACCAGUAAAACCUUUAAAUAAUAUCAUCAAUUUCCACGAUUCUGUAAAUACAUUCAAAGAGACCACAUACAAAAGAGUGGUGGGAUUUAAAAACAAAAUAGCUCCAGAACAUCCCACACACCUGGCUUUUACCGACAAACCAUCGCCAAAGAAUACCACAGCUUCCCAAAUCAAGAGUCCUACACCAACCCACAUGUCAAUAGUCAAUGGAGCACUCAAGGCUCUAGAUCCUUUUCAGUUUUCAAAAACAAAGAACAAAAAGCUCUUUGAGAUUCCUGAGAUUCUUGAGGUUUCUGAUAGUUCUGUAACGACCAACAGUCAAUAUGACGACAGUAUAAAUAAAGAAGAAGACUGUGGUGAAGGUGAUGAUGAUGAAGGAGGAGGAGAUACCUGUUCGCUGUUGGAUGUACCAGAUUUUGUUGAUGCAUUUGAUAUUCUUGAUGUACUCACUCAAUAUGGAGAUGUCCUUUCAUUGGAAUCAGAACGUUUGUCCAAACCAGAGAGUCUUUAUACAUUUCUUCACUGGCGCUUUACUAUCAAUCUUUAUCAAGAUAUCGAUGCACUUCCAAAGAAAAUUGAAUUAGCUGAUGAAUACUUUACAAUCCUUAACAAACCUAAUAGCAGCUAA